CAUUAUCUGUUUUGUCAUUGUUACCUCUGUAAAAGCCUUUCCCUGAGGCGUAAGGCCGAAACCAAUUUUCAUUCACCUACAUUCCACAAAUCCGAUAUCACAAAACCGAAGCUCGCCCUCUCUCUCUCUCACUUAGAACGGUAACUGUGAUGGCCAUCUUUUCCCAAAUAUCAAUUCAAUCAGUUCAAUAAGACUUUCGAAUUUGCCCUAAUUUAAGAGAUCAGAAGCUGCAAACUCAAUUUAUUCUUUGACGAACAAGUGAUUUACAUGCCACCUGAGUAUAUUGUUGGAUAAUGGCUGUUCAGACUUCUACUAAACUGAAUUUAUGUGAAGACGAGGAUGAUGAACCUUUAGUAUUCAAACGGUACAGCACAAAAUCUAAACCGAAUCAAUUAAACGCUGAAGCAAAGAAAUUAUCAGCUGAGAGGCAAGUUGGACAACCAGGGAAGCAGGUAUCUGAGCACCGUUCUUCCAAUGGUCUAAACUCGAGUGUUCAAAAGGGUAAGAUGGUUCCAUCAACCAAAUCACCACCAGUAAAAUCUCCGCUAGCAAGCCCAAAAGCUUCAACUUCAUCUGCUGGGGCAUCACCAGUAUCAAAUUCAAAAGCUUCAACUUCAUCUAGGGCAUCACCAGUACCCAAAUCACCACCGUUGACUACAUUAAAUGGUCAGUCAAAGCGGUUGUCAGAACAGAAUAAGUCUACCACAAUUAAGGAGGAAAUUAAUUCUAUUGAACAUCUUGCUCAAGGAAAUAGUGAUUCUGAAGAUGAAAAACCGAUAGGUGCCAGACUGGGGAAAGUGAAACCUUCUGAAGAUUCGGAUGAUGAUAAACCUUUAUCAUCAAGGAUUGCACCGAAGUCCAAGUUGGGAACAUUAGGCAGUCGGCCUUAUGAUUCUAACGAAAGGAAGCCCGUUGUUUCAAAAGUUCAGAAGAAUGUUUCCAGCACAAUGGAUAAAGGCAAAGCUUCAUCUGUGGUCUCUAGUAAGAGGCCUCUAGAUAAGGUCAAUUGUUCUGAGAACUGUUCAGCUAAAAGGCCAAAAGUUUCAGAUUCUUCUACAUCUGCAAAGAAUAAGCAGGUAUCAGCCAAACAAGAACCAAAGGAAGAAGAUGAUGAUGAUGAUGACUUCAUUCCAAUUUCCCAGAGGAGUAAGAAAGUUGCAUCGGAUAGUAAACCAUCUCUGACAAAGCUAAAGGUAACCAAAGUUGGUUCAUCCUCAAUCAAGAAAACGAUCAAGAAGGGCCAAAAAGCUUCAAAAUUUUCAAAGUAUUCUAAGUCGACAACAAAGCCACCAGGCUCUAACGAUGGGCAGAUAAAAUGGACUACUUUAAAACACAAUGGUGUCAUUUUCCCGCCUCCAUACAACCCUCAUGGGGUAAAGAUGCUCUAUAAUGGGAAGCCAGUCACCUUGACUCCUGAACAAGAGGAGGUUGCAACAAUGUAUGCAGUGAUGAAAGAUACUGAUUAUGUACAAAAAGAAACAUUCAGAAACAAUUUCUGGGCUGAUUGGCAUAAGUUUCUUGGGAAGAACCAUGUAAUUCAGAAAUUGGAUGCUUGUGAUUUUACGCCAAUAUAUGACUGGUAUCAGAAUGAAAAGGAAAAGAAGAAACAAAUGAGCACGGAAGAGAAGAAGGCCUUGAAGGAGGAGAAACUGAAACAAGAGGAGAAGUAUAUGUGGGCCGAGGUUGAUGGUGAUAAGGAGAAGGUUGGAAACUUCAGAGUUGAACCACCUGGGUUAUUUCGAGGCCGUGGAGAGCAUCCAAAGUCGGGAAAGCUGAAAAGACGGAUUCGUCCAAGUGAUGUUACAAUUAAUAUAGGAAAGGAUGCCCCAAUUCCCGAAUGUCCCAUCCCUGGUGAAAGCUGGAAAGAAGUAAGACAUGACAAUACAGUUACAUGGUUAGCUUUCUGGAAUGAUCCAAUUAAUCAAAAGGAAUUCAAAUACGUAUUUCUGGCACCUAGUAGUUCCUUGAAGGGGAAAAGUGACGAGCUGAAAUAUGAUAAAGCAAGGAGAUUGACAGACUGCAUAGGAAAAAUCAGGGCUUCAUACACCAAGGAUUUUACUAGUAAAGAUGUGUCUAAGCGGCAGAUUGCGGUUGCUACCUAUCUCAUUGAUAAACUUGCCCUCAGGGCGGGCAAUGAGAAGGAUGAUGAUGAAGCCGAUACUGUUGGUUGCUGCACUUUAAAAGUAGAGAAUGUAAAAGCAAUCCCCCCUAACUCGUUGGAGUUCAACUUCCUUGGUAAAGAUUCAAUCAGAUAUGAAAAUACUGUUGAAGUUGAGAUUCCUGUUUACAAGGCAAUUAUGCAGUUCCAGUCUGGGAAAAGUGGCAGUGAUGAUCUCUUUGACUUGUUGGAUACCAGUAGAUUGAAUGCUCAUCUAAAGGAAAAAAUGGAUGGCCUUACAGCGAAAGUGUUUCGUACCUACAAUGCAUCUAUCACAUUGGAUAACAUAUUGAACAAGGAAACCAAAGACGGAGAUCUUUCAGAGAAACUCGUUGUUUAUCAGCAUGCAAACAAAGAGGUUGCCAUUAUUUGUAAUCAUCAGCGUACUGUCUCAAAGUCUCACAGUGCACAAAUGUCUAAGUUAACUGAGAAGAUUGCUGAACUUCAGGGCAACCUGAAAGAGCUGAAAGUAGAUUUGGACAGGGCCAAAAAAGGAAAGCCCCCACUGAAAGAUGCUGAUGGAAAGCAAAAGAAAAAUUUGACCCCGGAAGCGUUGGAGAGGAAGAUAGCUCAAACAAAUGCAAAGAUAGAAAAAAUGGAACUGGAUAUGAGAAUUAAAGAGGAUCUGAAAACAGUGGCGUUGGGAACGUCGAAAAUCAACUAUCUUGACCCUAGGAUCACCGUUGCUUGGUGCAAGCGACAUGAAGUUCCCAUUGAGAAGAUAUUCAACAAGUCGCUCCUCGCAAAGUUUUCUUGGGCAAUGCGAGUGGAGCCUGACUUCAGAUUCUGAUUCUCGGAAAUGUUGCUCGGCCAUCCCCUCCAUUUCAAAUUGAGAAAAAAAAUAGCGAAAACAGACCCGACUUACCUUCUUCGUUCGGUUAUAGAAGUUGACAUUUUUAUUCUUUUUUCUCAUCGUGUUUUUCUCAUUCGGCUGAAAAUUCUUCUUGUAUGUUAAUCUAAUCUAAUCUAAUCUGACUGGCUGUGUAGCCUUGCCACCUUCUUGACAUUCCAUUUGUGUUUCCUUUUCCUUGGAUCCCAGCAAUUGUUUUAUUUGAACUCUGAGAACUUUAUACUGAUUCUGAAGAUAUUUAUGUUACAUUCAACAGGCAGCUGAAGGUUGCGCUGUUUACUUUUUGGUCA